ACAAAGACAGCACAGUGGGGAACCAUUCAAGCUUGAAGGAGUACGAGAAUUCGCGAACAACCGCGAUUUCCGCUGUCUGGGCUAUAUGAGACAACUUUUUUCCUUCGGUCGGAAUAUUUUAACUUGUGGCAAGGAACGGUCAUUUCUGAAAUCACUUGCCGCUACAGGCGCGGCCCCGGAGUUGCGUUUUACGGUUUAGGAAGCGGCAUUGAAGUUGACGGGCGCGAAAGCGACCGCGAACUAUUCGUUCAAUUGUGAGCGAAACAAUGGGCACCAGCACAUCGUCCAUUGUUACGCCACAAUGGGGCAAACAAUCAGCAUUAGCGGCGUGGCUGCUGUGCUGCAUUAGCUUGGCUAUAAUUCCAAACGUACAAACGGCUCGAAUUGACUUGUUGGACAGAUUUAAGAUAUCGACCAGUCUUGGGGUGUCUCCUGUUCCGGGGAGUUGCGCCAAUGCAAAGAAAAGGGCUGCACCAAGAACUGCCUUCAGGCUUUCUAGAAACACCCAGGCCAUUGCUCUACCAUCGGACUAUGUCUUCAGCGAAUUCGUUCGCGAUGGCUUCCCUCAAGAGUUCUCGAUCACGGCAAUUAUCAAACCAAAAGUUGGGGUCAGGAAUCCAUUCCUGCUCCAAAUGAUGCACGCUGAUCGGUGGAGACAACUUGGUUUUACUGUGGGAGAAGAACCAGAGUUCCACUACAGAACAGACACAGACGUUCCACCUGACUAUCCAACCUUCUCGAGUGUCAAUCUUGCUGAUGGAAGAUGGCACAAAGUUGCGUGGUCAGUUUACAACGAGAACGUACAGUUGUGGGUGGAUUGCGUCAUGGUGACGGAGAAGAUCGUUCGAUCUGACGCGAACACACAACUCAACCUUGGAGGUGUGGUUUUGCUAGGAAAAGAACCCGGGACAUCUGGAAAUGGAUUUGUGGGAGACAUAGAAAACCUAUACUUCGACUCAGACCCGAGUGUAGCUGGCCAGAUGUGUUUCCCAGCAUCCAACCUAUCUCCAAACUGUGGAUCUACAGCAGCAGCCAUCAGGGAAGAACCAGAAACUGCUGUUUUCUCUGCAGCUGGCACCCCAAACCCAGAGGAAUCUGAAGGUUUAAUAAUUCCUGAUUCAUCUUUACCUGGUGAAAGGGAUGGGGGAAGGGGAGAUAAUGGAGAUGGUGGAAGCAGGGGACAAAAAGGAGAGAAGGGAGAACAAGCUGUGAUUGAACCUGGGAUUUUCAUUCCUGGACCCCCCGGACCGCCUGGAGAACCUGGUCUCGACGGACCUCCUGGAUUCCAAGGACCACCGGGUGGCCCCGGAGAGAUGGGAGAUCGGGGCCCUGCUGGUAGAGAUGGACUUCCUGGCGCCAAGGGGCUUCCUGGUCCGCCUGGUCGACACAUCAUGAUACCAUUCAGAAUAGCUCAACCUCAUGGACAGAAGGGACCAGGUUCGAACGCACCAGCUGAACUCCAGGCACAACUUGCUUUAACACAAGCUAGGCUUGCUCUACAAGGACCACCUGGACCACAGGGAUUGUCAGGAAUGACUGGAGCUGCUGGUGACAUGGGACCUGCAGGCAUUAAAGGCGAAAGUGGUGAACCAGGACCUAUGGGACAAAGGGGGUCACGUGGUCCCCCUGGUUUGGAUGGUGUGUCCGGCAAAACUGGAAGACCAGGAGAGGAUGGUUUACGAGGUGAACCUGGACCUGUUGGAAUCAAGGGUGACAGAGGAUAUGAUGGUCUUCCUGGCUUACCAGGACCAAAGGGGCACAGGGGUGAAACUGGCGGAGUUGGACCUAUUGGACCACCAGGUGUCGAUGGAGAGCAGGGAGAACAUGGUGAACCAGGACCUCGUGGAUUGCCUGGCGAGGCGGGACCACGUGGAGAGUUGGGACACAAGGGACCACCUGGUGUUUCUGGGCCUCCUGGACCAAGAGGUGUUCAUGGGCAACAAGGAUCAAAAGGAAACUUGGGCCCACAAGGAGAGCCUGGUCCACCUGGACAACAAGGAGCACCCGGGCCACAGGGUAUAUCUGGUCCCCAAGGGUUGAUGGGUCCACCUGGAGUCAAAGGACCCCCCGGGAAGUCUGGGUUACCCGGUAUUCCUGGGGCUGAUGGGGUUCCUGGUCACCCUGGUAACGAGGGCCCUAGUGGGUCAAAGGGGUCACAGGGUCAAUUUGGACCACAAGGGCCACAGGGUUAUCCUGGUACCAGAGGUGUCAAAGGAGAAGGAGGAGUGAGAGGAAUAAAAGGAAACAAAGGAGAAAAAGGUCUCGAUGGUUUAGCCGGUUUCAAAGGUGACAUGGGACCUAAAGGAGAUGGCGGGAUUUCUGGCGCUCCAGGUCCACGCGGAGAAGAUGGGCCAGAUGGCCCUAAGGGAAGAGAAGGUCCUCGUGGAGAAGUUGGCCCUGUUGGUUUGCCCGGUGAAAAGGGAAAGAUUGGUCUCCCUGGUAUUCUGGGUUAUCCUGGAAGAUCUGGUAUCAAGGGGUCACUGGGCAAGCCUGGAAAAACUGGACAUACUGGACUCAAGGGUGACCGGGGCUUGGAAGGCAAGAGAGGUCAACAAGGUCAAAGGGGGCCAAAGGGUCCACGAGGCAAACGAGGUCCGAGAGGAUCUACUGGGAAAUCUGGACCAAAGGGUGACAGAGGACAAGAUGGACCGCAAGGACCAAUCGGAGAAAGAGGCCCACCAGGACCCAGAGGAGCAAGUGGUUACACUGGCAGCAAGGGACCCCCUGGCCCACCAGGAAAAGAUGGUUUACCUGGACACCCUGGAAGUCGGGGUGAAACAGGUUUCCAAGGGAAGACUGGGCCCCCUGGACCUGCUGGUGUUGUAGGACCUCAAGGUCCAACCGGUGAAAAUGGACCAUCAGGGGAGCGAGGACACCCGGGACCUCCUGGACCAAUUGGAGAACCUGGUUUGUCUGGAUCUGCUGGAAAAGAGGGAUCUAAGGGAGACAGAGGACCAAAUGGACCCCCAGGAAAGAUGGGUGCAACAGGUUCACCGGGUUUCCCAGGUUCAAGGGGACCACAAGGCCCUGUGGGUGCUCCAGGAUUGAAGGGUAAUGAAGGACCUCCUGGCCCCACUGGACCAGCUGGCGUCAGUGGUCAACGCGGCCCUCCUGGUCCCUCUGGCCAAAUUGGACCUCUGGGUCGCCCAGGGUCAAGUGGGCCUGCUGGACCACCUGGUGAGAACGGAAGCCCCGGUGGACCUGGAGGCCCAGGACCUGCUGGUAGAGAUGGUCUACAAGGGCCUGUUGGUCUUCCUGGUCCUCCUGGUUCCAUUGGCCCAAGAGGAGAAGAUGGGGACAAGGGUGAAGCUGGUCCACCAGGCUCCACAGGUUUGAAAGGCGGGAAAGGCGAACAUGGGCCACCUGGACCUCCCGGUGAACAAGGAAACAGUGGAGAACCUGGACCUGCUGGUAACGAUGGUGAACCCGGGGCUCGGGGUCAACAAGGUUUAUAUGGAGAGAAGGGUGAUGAAGGGGCUAGGGGAUUCCCCGGACCCCCAGGACCCCGUGGCUUACAGGGUAUUCCCGGAACUUCUGGCAACAAAGGUGACUCAGGAGAUGCUGGACCUUUGGGACCACCUGGCCCUCCCGGACAACGAGGCCCCCCUGGUGUUCAAGGUGCCGAUGGACCUCUUGGCCCCCCUGGUACUUAUGGACAACCUGGCAACGUUGGAGACAAGGGUGAACCUGGUAAUGUAGGAGCACCUGGUAUUCCUGGAGAUUCGGGCCCAAUGGGACCAAACGGAGAAGCGGGACAAAAGGGUGAAACUGGGCCAUCGGGACCACAAGGUGAAAAUGGACCAAAAGGACCUCGCGGAGAUGAUGGUCCUAAAGGAGAACCUGGACCCAUCGGCCAUCCUGGAGACCCUGGUGUGGCUGGUAUUCCUGGUACAAUGGGAGACGAAGGACCACCGGGUGACGUUGGUGACACGGGAGCACCUGGAGAGCCGGGACCUCCUGGACCCAUCGGUGAGGUUGGACCUUCUGGUGGCCCCGGAAGACGGGGACCUGCCGGUAACCCUGGAACUGAAGGACGAUCUGGAGAGAAAGGAGCUAAGGGUGAAGCUGGUGGUAUUGGACCUGUAGGCGAACCUGGUGCCCAUGGACCUCAAGGUAAACAUGGAAAACAAGGAUGUACCGGUUUGAAUGCUAUUGCCGGCCCUGCAGGUGCACCUGGGUUGCCUGGUAACGCUGGAGCUGAUGGCCCUGUUGGCCCAAUGGGACCUACUGGUUUGAAAGGAAUAAAGGGAGAAGUUGGCCCCGGUGGUGAAAAGGGUCACCCUGGUUUGAUCGGUUUGGUCGGACCCCCAGGUGAAGAGGGUGAGAAGGGUGAACGUGGACCCCAUGGUAGAGAUGGACCCCCAGGGGUUAAGGGUGACGAUGGAAGACCUGGCCCCGCUGGCCCAAUAGGGCCAAUGGGACCACCUGGGUUACCGGGUGGAGUUGGAAUGAAAGGAAAUAAGGGAAGCUUGGGACCCACCGGCCCCAAGGGAGAUGAAGGUAUCCAAGGGCCUCCUGGCCCUCCUGGUCCACCCGGCGAAGUCUUCAACGCAGGAGCACUUAGAGCGCCGAGCUCAAUCAAGGCUCGUGCAAGAAGGUCAGCUGAGGAGGAGACAGAAGGUGCCAGAGUGAAACGCCAAGCUGUGUUUGAGGAGAACAUGGUUGAUGAUUAUCCACAAGGCUUGGAGGAAAUCUUCGGGAUGAUGGAAUCAAUUAAGAUGGAUCUGCAAAUGUUGAAAGAACCAAUGGGACGAACCAGAGAAAAUCCUGGCAGGACUUGUAAGGAUAUCUGGUACUGUCAUCCAGACUUUGCUUCAGGAUUAUACUGGAUCGAUCCGAACGGUGGGUGCUCGGCAGACGCCAUUGAGGUCUGGUGUGAUUUUGAGGCAGAAGGAGACACUUGUCUCAAUCCUCUCACGGUUACCAUUCCAGCUCGAAGGUGGCCUAAAGCUUCACCUGGAGAUUGGUACAGCUCUUACAGGCUUGGGGAGAAGUUUGAUUACAACACCACCAUCCCACAAUACAACUUCCUGAGGUUGCUGUCGAGUCACGCUCGCCAGAGAUUCACAUACAAGUGUGUCAACUCUAUUGGAUGGGAAGACCAACAGAACGAUAACUUCAACAAAGCAAUUCAACUUAUGGGUUCAAAUGAAGUUGUUUUCACUCAUGGAAGUGAAGAAGUAACAGUGUUGGAGGACUCUUGCAAGAGUGGACAGGGAACUGGACAAGUUGUGAUUGAGGUUCGAACCAAAGAAUUAGAGAUGUUGCCGUUGGUCGAUUACAAGGCCUUCGAUUUUGGAACACGACCACAACGGCACGGCUAUCAUCUCGACCGUGCUUGUUUCAGUGGCUGAAUGUAAUCAUGUGUGUCUUCACGGGGCAUUUAUGAUGGGUGGCACGCGCCACGGGAUGUGUACGCCUCCUCUUAAUGAAGUCGUGUACACUAUGGAGAAGAAAUGGGUACGCAAGUGCUGGUGCAUACCCAUUUCUUCAUGUUCAAAACAUUUGACUUUCAAGCCCAGAGGUCAUGUGAUUCUGCAACUGUGUGUGCUGGCUCGAUUGCAGCAUCACAUGACCUCUGUGGACCAAUCAAAUUCUUUGUGGGAUUCUAGACUGUGUGAUGUCAUCAGUAUUACGUAAUACCUCACUGUUGCUGCUGAGUUGCGUUUUUGGCGGAAAUACAAACUUUAUGGCGUUCGAAGCAAAAA